CUCAGAAGACCAAACCUGUAAAUCCUCCAAUUUUCCCGGUCGAUCAAAGCUCAUGAAUUAGGAUUUUCAGGCAUUUUCUUUGAUGCCCUUGCUCUCGAGAAGAUAAAAAUCUGCUACAAAACCACGGGUGAUACUGGGCACAGGAAGCUAUAAUCUGUAAAUCCCUGCAAUGGGUGAGAAAUGGGGUUGGAGGAAAUGGGGAUUUAUGGUAUUCUUCGGAAUAAUGCUACUUCACAUCACUGCCAUUCUUCUGUUCACCAGAGGAUUUCUCCUUACUCGAACCGAGCUUUCUCAGUAUAGCCAAUGCUCAGAUGUUUCCGAAUCUCCAUGCUUGUCACCUGAGUACCAAAACCCUGAAUUAAAUGAGGAAGAAGAUGACUCAGACGAUGAACAUUGUUGUCGUCAUCAUCAUCGGAAUCAGAAUCAGACUGUUAACCCUGACAUUCAGGCCCAAAGUUGUUGGACAAAACCUGCUGUUGAUCGAAUUGUCAUCAUUAUUCUUGAUGCCCUCAGGUUCGAUUUUGUUGCUCCUAGUUCCUUUUUUGAAGAAAGAAAACCCUGGAUGGAUAAGUUGCCGGUGCUGCACAAACUGGCCAGUAAGCCUGGAUUAGCUGCUAAGAUCUUUAAAGCAAUUGCAGAUCCACCUACCACCAGUUUACAACGUCUGAAGGGACUAACAACUGGUGGACUUCCAACUUUCAUUGAUGUGGGUAAUAGCUUUGGUGCACCAGCAAUUAUUGAAGAUAACUUGAUAUAUCAGCUGGCUCAAAAUGGAAAGCGAGUGGUGAUGAUGGGGGAUGAUACAUGGGUGCAAUUAUUUCCUCAUCAUUUUCAUACAUCUUAUCCCUUUCCCUCCUUCAAUGUUAAAGAUCUUCAUACGGUAGACAAUGGGUGCAUUGAACACUUGGUCCCGUCCUUGUACAAGCAAGAUUGGGAUGUGCUUAUUGCGCAUUUUCUUGGUGUGGAUCAUGCUGGGCAUAUACUUGGUGUUGAUUCCUCGUUGAUGACAGAAAAGCUGGAGCAAUACAAUGGGGUAUUGGAGAACGUUGUAGAAGUGUUGGAGAGCAUGAGUGGUCCAGGAGGCUUACAUGAAAAUACUAUGUUGCUUGUUAUGGGUGACCAUGGGCAGACCAUCAAUGGGGACCAUGGUGGAGGAAGUGCUGAAGAGGUUGAAACUGCAUUGUUUGCAUUAAGCUUGAAGAAUUCCUCUUCUUCUCUCCCCUGUGAAUUUGAGAGUUCAUCUUGCCAGCUAGAGAAGGAAAAGAAGAGGAUUUCCAUUAGCUCUAUUUAUCAGCUUGACUUUGCAGCUACGGUGUCUGCUUUGCUUGGUCUUCCUUUUCCUUUUGGAAGUAUCGGCCGUGUUGAUCCAGAACUUUAUGGAUUAGCAGCUGGUACAGGGGAACCAAGAAUUCUUGGUCUGAAUGAUCGAAGUGACUCAGGAUUUGAGGAGUGGAUGAAAAGUUAUGUGAAUGUCCUCUGCAUUAAUUCUUGGCAGGUAAAGCGAUACAUGGAUGUCUAUUCAGCUUCAUCAACAAUUGGAUUCUCUCAAAAAGAUUUACUGCAUGUAUCAGAACUAUAUACUCGCGCCCAAGAGAUGUGGUCACAGAAUAUUAAAUCUUCAUUGCUAUGCAAUACCAAAAGCUGUAAUACAUUAUCAUCUGCAAUUAUGAAUCAAAUCGAUGCAUAUUCCGAUUUCCUGGCAACUGUUGCAGGGUUGGCACGGUCCAAAUGGACUGAGUUUAACAUAAGGAUAAUGAGCAUUGGGUUGUGCUUGAUGGUGGCUUCUCUUUUUACUCAUGUUUAUGCCAUUAAGAGGUUGGACAACCUAUUUGGACUUUAUUUUACUCAUCAUGGCAACUCUGGGAUUUCAUUCAUGGCUGUGUUUGCUUAUACUAUAGUGCUGAUACGGGCAUCCAGUUUUCUUUCAAACAGUUACAUAUUGGAAGAAGGCAAAGUGGCUAGUUUUCUUUUAGCUACAACUGGAAUUCUUCAACUGCAGUAUGCAAUAGUUAAAAAGAAGAUGGUUUUAGAGGGGCUUGCAUUUAUUCUUCUAGUUCCUAUGCUUAAAUUGGGUAUUGAACUGGGGCAAGCCAAACAAGCUGUGAAUUCUUUAUUCUUGAAGUUUCAACCUUCAUGGACACUUGGAAUCGUUAGAGACUCUCAAGUUUUGAUGCAUGUGGUUGAAAUCGUGCCACUCUUAGGUCUGAUUUUGCUGGCCUGUAUGCUUUACAAGUGCAUUUUGUGUGGCGCCUUGAAGGGGAUCUUGAAGUAUGUUGUUAGUGGAACUAUAUUUAACUAUGUUCUAAUAGCCCUGAUUUGGGCUUCAGAUUCUGAUCUACUGUCUCUUCCCAUGGUACUUGAGGCCUUUAAAGGAAAUCUGAUUCCUCGAAUUGUUUAUGCUUCUAGCCUUUUGCAACUCUUAUCAUUAGCCAUUUUCCAAAUUUUGUCUAGAGAAACAGGUUCAGGUCAGGAAGAAAGUACAGUUUAUAAGGCAUUGGCCAUGUUAUCUUCAUGGAGUUCGACAGUGAUUCUUCUAUCUGGGAAACAGGGUCCUUUGGUUGCUUUAUCUUCCGUUAUUGCAGGUUGGUGCAUAAUUAAAUUGACGAGAUUCAAACAGGACUCUGAUAGUUGCUGUACUGAGGAUUCAUCCUUUUAUUCUUUUCCUGUGGUACAGUGGAGCCUGCUUGCUACAUCUUUAUUUUUCUGCACUGGCCACUGGUGUGCCUUUGAUGGCCUACGGUAUGCUGCUGCAUUCAUUGGGUUUGAUGAAUUCAACCUCAUCCGUCAAGCUGUCCUCCUCGCUCUUGAUACUUUUGGCUUUUCCCACAUUUUACCAAUACUCGGACUUCCAUUGCUUGUUGCAUUAUUACACUCAAGGAGAAAAGCCAAGCAAGGAAACAAUUUGUUUCCCAUACAGUUAUGUCAAGUGUAUUUGAUGUACGGGCUCAUUAUGGCUGUAUCUGUAACAUUUACAAUUCUUUGCGUUACAAUACAAAGACGGCAUCUAAUGGUAUGGGGUCUAUUUGCACCUAAAUUCGUUUUUGAUGUGGUGGGUCUUAUUCUCUCCGACUUCAUCAUCUGCUUGGCAUCCCUGUACUAUCUUGUAUAGUGAAGUUGGGCAUCUCCUUUGUUUGAUCAAUUAUGGAGUUGGAAGGAUAUCUCAUCGAUCAUUCAAAGAGUCAGAGAGGGAAGAUGGGGAAAAGGUGUCCAGGCUUUUGGAAUGGCUUCUGUGUUACCUGAGCGGUCAGAUGUAAGAAGCGGAACAACUUUCUUGUCUCUGUGGAAUGACGCCAAACCUACAAGAGUAAGCAGCAUUAGGCCCUUUUUGAAGAAAGAUGGUUCAUGGUACUUUUCCACUUUUGGGCUUAGGCAUUUUUAAUGAUUGAUUGAGUUUAUGAAUAUCCAUUCGCAAAGUCAGACGGGGUUUUGGCUGUUCUAUUGGUCUGCACUGAAUAUUCAGUUUCUUCAGCUCCAACAUUUAUGAUUGGGGUAUGGAUAAUGGUAAAGCAGCGAUUUGAACCAUCAAUGUUGUGUUUUUGGUUGAUAUUAUACAUUUUGUAUAAUUGUAUUGCUCGGCUAACUAUUCUUCAGAGUCUGGUUAACAUUUUGUUCUGAUUUUUUUUAUUAAAAGAUGUUGAGAUGAUAUUGCGAAAUUUAGAAAUGUAUUUCACUGCUUACAUGUACUCGCUCAAGAUCAAGGGUUGGUCACUAAAAUUAUUGUUGGUUUGUACA